UGGAGGCUGGACUCCGGUGUACGGAGGCAGAUACAUCUCAUUAUUUGACCACCACCACCACUACUCCUUCUCCCUGCACAGCUCGGUGACACCCCGGCGCCAGAAAAGCCCUCCAUUUCGUUGUCUCCAGCUCUAGGCCCCUCUCUCUCUCUCUCUCUCGGUCUCUCCCGGACGAGGGAGGCAUACAGAAGAGUUCCAGGACGGCCAUUGCGCCGCCCCGGCUGCUCCCGGCUCCCAGGGAUUUUUUUUUGUUUGUUUGUUUGGUUCGUGCUGUGCUGCUGCCUCCGGUGAGGCGAGCGUUCUUGGAGCCCUGUCUCCGGCUGGUGCUCUGUGGUGAGGGUGGUGUCCUGCGGCGGCGAUGAGGGGCAGCCAUGCCUGCUCCGUGGUCUCGUCCCUCGUUUUGCUGUGGCUGGGGGUUGCUGCUGCAGCACAGAAGGGCUCUUCUUGGAAGACACUGAACGGCAAUGCUCCGGCAAUCAUAGCCAAGGGAGGAUUUUCAGGCAUAUUCCCUGAUUCAAGCGAAUUCGCAUAUCAGUUUGCGCUCAUUGCUAGCUCGUCUGAUACAAUCCUAUACUGUGAUGUUCGGUUGACCAAGGAUGGUCUUGGCAUCUGUCUUCCGGACAUAAAGAUGGACAACUGUACCAACAUUCCAGAUUUCUACCAACAGGGUAGUAAGAGCUACCUUGUCAAUGGCGUGUCAACAGCGGGAUGGUUUUCUGUGGACUACAAUGGCACCGAGCUCGGCCAAGUGUCUUUGAAGCAAUCAAUCUUUUCUCGCACACCCAGGUUUGAUCGAAGCUUCUUUCCUAUUCUUGCUGUCGAAGACAUAGCGUCCAAAUUUAAGCCUCCUGGACUUUGGCUCAAUGUCCAGCAUGACAGUUUCUACAGUCAGUUCAAUCUGAGCAUGACAAAUUACAUCCUUUCUGUGUCAAAACGUGUUAUUGUUGGCUACAUCUCAUCCCCUGAAGUGAGCUUCCUCACUAAAGUAUCUGGAAAGGUUAGGAACAACACAAAGCUUGUGUUCCGCUUUCUCGAUGAGAGCACAAUCGAACCAUCUACCAAACAGACAUAUGGUUCCAUGUUGAAAAAUCUUACAUUCGUCAAGACAUUCGCAUCUGGGAUAAUUGUCCCAAAGAAUUAUAUCUGGCCUGUUUCACCAGAUAAUUAUCUGGAACCCUACACUUCGGUUGUUGAUGAUGCUCAUAAAGCAGGAUUGGAAAUUUAUGCUGCUGACUUUGCCAAUGACUUUAUGUUCAGUUAUAACCAUAGCUACGAUCCAUUAGCAGAAUAUCUCUCAUUCAUUGACAAUGGUGAUUUCUCUGUUGAUGGAGUAUUGACUGAUUUCCCAGUUACGCCUUCAGAGGCCAUAGGCUGCUUUACUAAUCUAAAUAAAAGCAAAAAAGAUCAUGGAAAACCUCUAAUUAUUUCCCACAAUGGUGCUAGUGGAGAUUACCCAGCCUGCACUGAUCUAGCUUAUCAAAAGGCAGUUGACGAUGGUGCUGAUGUUGUUGAUUGCCCUGUCCAAUUGACCAAAGAUGGCAUACCAAUAUGCAUAAGUUCCGUUAACUUGAUGGAUGAUACUACAGUUGCAAAAUCACAGUUUGCCUCUCAGACAGCAGUAAUCAAAGAUAUUGAGAGUGUUCUAGGAGUAUUUACCUUCAACCUCACCUGGGAUGACAUCGUAAAAAAUCUGAGACCCAAAAUUUCUACCCCAUUUAGCUCCUUCAAACUGGACAGAAAUCCAAGAUAUAGGAACGCGGGAAAUUUCAUGAGAUUAUCAGACUUUCUGGACUUCACAAAGGAUAAGGAAUUAUCAGGAAUCAUGAUCAACGUCGAGCACGCUGCUUUUGCGGCUGAGAAGCUCGGGUUUGACAUGGUAGACGCAGUUAUCAAGACCCUCGACGCUGCUGGUUACAGCAAUCAAACUGCCCAGAAAGUUAUGAUUCAGUCAGCGAACAGCUCAGUCUUGGUGAAGUUCAAGCAGCAAACGAAGUACGACCUUGUGUACAUGGUCAAUGAAGAGGUCAAGGACGCCGAACCUUCUUCCCUCGCUGCCAUCAAGAAGUUUGCCGACGCCGUCUCCGUUGAAGGCAGCUCAAUAUUCCCCGAGAACCACCAUUUCACGACCUACCGGACCAAUCUUGUCGAGUCCCUGCACAAAGCCGGCCUCCCGGUCUAUGUCUACACUCUCAUGAAUGAGUUCGCUUCUCAGCCAUACGACUUCUUCUCUGACGCGACCGCGCAGAUCAACGCAUAUGUUCAGGGCGCUGGAGUGGAUGGUGUGAUCACCGAUUUCCCAGCAACAGCACGGAGAUACAAAUUGAACACCUGUAUGAACAUGGGGAACAACACGCCGAGCUUCAUGGCCCCGGCUCACCCGGGCGACCUGAUGCAGAUCAUCAGCAAGCCGGCGCAGCCGCCGGAGAUGGCGCCGAUGCCUCUCCUGACGGGCUCGGACGUGGCGGAGCCGCCGCUGCCUCCUGCCAGAACAGCUCAUCAGGCGCCAUCGCCCGCGAGCAGGGCGCAGGCUCACGUCGCGAUCCUCGUCACCUUGGCGAUGCUUUUGGCCUCAUGCCAUCCCUUGCUACUGGUAUGACAUGAUCCAGCGAGCGAGCAAGCGACGCGGGAAGAUACUAAUCCCAAUUUGUCCGAUUUGAUUCUGUUCUCUCGUUUCUUUCUCCUGUAGCGAUUCGUUCGUCAUUGUGCAAUUUUUUUUCUUUCGUUCUGGGCUCUCCCCGAUCUGCCUAUGACACACUUCUCCGUGGGUUGACUCACCAGUGAUCUCGGUAUAUAUGUGUGAUAAUAUAUUGCUCCGCUUUUAUCCCGGCUGCUCUGCAAGUAUCUGAAAAUUUGGGUAUUGCAUUACUCUUCCAUGAUCUAGAUCGAUUCGUUGUUAACCUGUCACGCUGUU